AUGGUACAAUUUGGUGAUCCAACAAAUACAGGUAAAGGUGGUGAAUCCAUAUGGGGUGGCCACUUUGAAGAUGAAUUCAAAGAAGACUUAAGGCAUUCAAAAAGAACGUGUGGCAAACAUCCAACAUUAGAUGGGAAGUAUACUGUAUUUGGUAAAACAUUGAAAGGUUCAGAAUCAGAUCAAGAAUCAACACUUUCAAAACUAGAAAAUGUGGAAGUUGAUAAAAAGAAAAGACCCAAAGCACCAAUAUUUAUCAAAAGUGUGACGAUUCAUGCAAACCCAUUAGCCAAAUAG